AUGAGACAAACCGAGAAAAAGGUCAACGCGAUAGUCGACGAAAUUCUAGAUGAAGAUCAGGAAAACGAUUUCGGCGUGACACAAACCGAGACUUGUCCAGGAGGUUGCGAGGAACUAAAUGAUACGCCUAAAGAAGAGGCGCGGGAUUCGGGAGAAUUCCCCUCGCUGCAGACGCCCGGGCGAUGCAAAUGCGGCGUGGAGAACUCGUCGAGGUUCUCGCUGCGCGUGAUGGAGGCGAUGCGCUCGCUGCAGCGCGACGUGGACCAGCCGUCCACGUCCACCGCCGAGGAGAUCGCCGACUACAUCCGGUCGCAUUAUCGUCACGACGGCGACCUUUACGCUCAGGUGCGGACCGCGCUGAGACAGGUCUGUUCUCAAGGAUAUGUCAUGGAAUUACUGAGCAACGAGUAUCACUUGAUCGGGCCCGUUGCAAUCCGGACAAAGCGGAACGGCUGUUCCUGGGAUUGCAGAUAUCGCGCGACAGACGACUCGAGAAGACACGAGUGCGUCGAUGAUGCGAGGGAUGCUACGAUCGAUCGCCUUGGGGACUUGGGUCCGAGUCUUCACUCGACCAGAAUAUCAGCCAACGAAAGGGAUACCGCGGACCGUCGCGGCAGGGAGUUGAAUGCCGACGUCUCGGGCGUCCGAGGCGAUCGUCGACGGCGCGACGCGAUCGGGACGGAGCAACGUGACGCUUACGAGGAACCGAUCCCCGGGCCUUCCAGAGGAUUCACGAGGACUCCGUCGCCUGCAGGUGCGGGCAGAAAUACGAAGAAAGCGCGAGUUGAAGGUCGAAGGGCGCAUCGCGCGGAUGAGGGAGAUGACGAGACCGCGACCGAAGAGGAUGUGGAUUGCACUUGCGACGCCGAAGCCGUUGCUCCAGAUGAACAUUUGAGGAUCCGAUCUCCCGGUCGCGCCGUCGUUAGGAACCAGCGGGAUGGACGUCGUCGCAACGAUGUGGAGGAGGACGAGGAAGACGAGGAGAAAAAAAUGAAAGAUGACGAAGAGGACGAAGAGGAUGAAGGAGAGAGGGCGCGGGAAGAAGACGAGGACGCGGAGGAAGAUAGCGCGUACGAAGAACUGAGGGCGCGAGUUCCCCGCGGGAGAGCCGCGGCACGCGAACACGAGCUGAGGAGGUGGAUCCGGCGAUGUCGUGAGGAGUGCGAGCGACGGAGGGGGCGAUAA